GAGGGGCACGGGUCAUGCAGGAGCAAUCUGUCUCCUCUGGGACAAGGCAGGGUCCUGGCAAACCAGAGCCGGGAGCUCACCAACGUAAGCACGCACCCUUACACAGGGGGUAUGGCAGGGCCACAGACAAGCCAAGUCCAAGGAUUCCUUAACCUCCAAGUGCUCGGCCUGGCAGCUCUCAGAGUGUUUGCUUAAGGUUGUUUCCGCCUGUGUAAUUUGGAUGGGGACAGUGAAAAAUGCUUGUCUGUUCUGACGCAACACCUCUCUUUCCACCAGGCUCAUCUCUGCCGCGGUGUCUCAUAGUUUCCAAUUAGUGAUUAAAAACAGGUCAUUGAUGUCUCAUCUCCCCUUUUUUGAAUACUUUCUGGUGAAUGUCUGGCUGCUGCCUACGCAAACCUGUGUGGCUUUCAGAUGGUGGCCGCAAGAGCAGACCAGAGACCCUCGCAGUCCCUGCAGCCCUUCCUUUCCCCUCCUAAAUUCUUAAUUUUAAAUGGUCUCAGUAGAAAUCCAUGCUUGCCAGGAGACUGCCUGGCCACAGACCAGUCUAACAGCUCUCCAUCACUUUUCUAACUCCCACCUCUCUGUAGGAAAGUCAGAAUAAUAAAGCUUUACUUCCAGCACACAGACUAGAGUACCAAGGGCCAAGGCAAGCUGUCGCAUUGCAGAGGGCUGGCACAGCAAUAUUUCCCCAACCCUCACCUCCGAGCUGGAGAGAUACUGGCCUCUGGGACAGCCCAUCUGGGGCUAGGAAUGGGUGCAGGAGGGUGCAUGAGAGCAAAAUGAUGGGUGCAAACUGCUUUGGGGAUGCAAGCUGGGGGGAUCUGACUGGUGAGUCAGCCAUCAGGUGUUCAGUAAGAGCUCUUACUGCUGAGGCUUUGGGGAGCUGGUUUGCAUCACUAUUUGCAGAACUGGCUGAGAAACCCACAACAUGUCUGAACCUGAAACGUGGUCAGCAAAAUGCCAAACACGAGGAUUUUUGGCACAAGCAUGGUGAGGGAGUUAUGCUUCAUCUCUGAAAAAAACCAACCAACCAACAAAAAACCAACAAAUAGUGCAAUACAGCUUGAUGAGGACUUAUCUGGGCAGAUGUUCAACCAACUAUCCAUUUUCUUUGGGGAGAGGGCAUAAUCAUAAAAACCCAAAUGACAGUUAAUUCAACAAACCCACAUUUCUGGAGAAUAGAGAACAACCAAACCCCAGCAGCUCAGAGGUGAAGAUUUUGGACUGUCUCUAGUGUAUGGUUAUUUACCACUUCCAGAAAAGCUUCAUGCAACAUGUGUGCAUGUUCCCUGCAUGUGUCAUCACCAGGGCCGUGGUACAAUAUGUACAUAGUACUACAUUUGCUAGAUUUCUUUACCAAACAGUUUUGCUCUUCGGUUCAGGGCAAUGUUUGCAGGUAUAAAAAAUCCCACCUCUGUGCUUUGCCUCCUGGCAAAACAGACAAACUCCUCCUAUCCCCACUGUGUCACAGAAAAUGCGGCUAAGAGGACCUCUGACAUCAAGGGAAGAUGAGCACAGAGGACACUGGCAAUGGGACUUCUCCUACCACGCCUCUCCUUGGGCUUCUGGUUUCAACCACUGAGUUGGUCCCUCCCAGCCCUGCAUCCCCCAAGACAGCAGACCCACUGCUUGUGAUUGUCGCACUUGUCUGCAUCUUCCUCCUCCUGGCGACCUUCCUCAUCUUUGUCACCCUCUGCAAGCCAGCGGCACUGGACCAGUCCCACUGGGGGCCCCGCGAGUGCAUGCCCCAUCACCUGGCGGAUGCCAGUGAGCCCCAGCUGAGGCUCUGGAAGCGGCUGGGCUCCCUGCAAUGCUCCAUCAAUACCUUCAGGAGGAGUCAGCCGGUGCCCCAGAGCUCCCUCGCCAGCCAGAACUGGGAUAUCAUGGAGUCCACCAAAAUGUGACCCUGCGCUGCAGGAACUAACUCACCCCACACUGCUAUUCUUUGCUAGGCUUUUGGUUCAGGCUCAGUCCCCUCCUCAAGCAGCCCCUGGUAUCCUGAGCGUCCUGGCAGAGCCCCUUUGAGCAGCUCAUUUCCAGGCAGUGACUCUACAAGGCGACAAGAGAUUUUGCUAUUUCAGGUUCCCAAAUGCUUUCAGGUUACCAUUUCCUGGCAGGAAAGGUGGAGGCACCCGAACUACAACCACGUACAGCUAUCACUGGGCAGUCCAAAAAAUACUGCUGCUUUAUUCGUGUUGGAAAACAUUGUGCAAGUUGCGAGGCACCUGAACAAACAACCUGGGCGAGAGAAGAGCUAGCUGGCUACCUAACAAAUAUUGCCUUGAAGAGAGGCAGCCUGGGGCAAAUGGGCUCCACAAAAAGCAAUCCUCAGCUGAGAGUGUCCCUGAGUUGUAGUCCUGAGCAGGCAGAGGAAGGCUCGUGGCCCCUGUGUGCCACCCAGUCCCUGUCUACCCUCUUUCCAUGCAAUGAGCCGUGGUUCCUGUGGUAGAUGCUUGGAAGGAUGUAUGCUACAGCUGUCUGCUGGAAACCUGUUUCAAUAAAUGAGCAGUGGGAGCAGGUAAACAUGCCUAUAAAUGCAUUAAAGAGAGCUUUUGAGGCUUGCAGCCACUGCCAGCUUGGAAAGACACUGCGCAAAACUGAGCUGCUCACUUCUGCUGGGAAAGGGUAAAACAGCCAGCAGGUAAGCUGAUGUGCUUAGAAGAAUCAGUAGAAAAUAGAAAAAGUGGCUUAAUUCUUCCAGGUCUGCAGCUCACAUUGUGUUCAGCUAUCGAGUUCACCCAUCGAGUUCACCCCUCUGGGUGAAGUCUUCAUGCCCAGUGAGGCCCCACAGUGAGCACUGAAGCCCAUCUCUCUGGGUUUCACUUGGUCUCUGACCCUCAUGAGAUGCAGCUCUGCAUCAGGACCUCUCCGAGCUGCCGAGGACACUCCUGCUCUCCUUUGGCCCUGGGCUGCCUGGCUUUCAGAGAAGGAGAUGGGGAAACCUUCGAAAACUCUCUUGUUGCCACAGGGAUGUGGGGAUGUAUUUGAAAGGGGAGACCUUCAGUACAAAUGGCUCACGCUAAAGGUGUAAAUUAAACUAAACCCAGGUGAUUACGCA